AUGCGUCUCCUGAGGUACGAGGACGAUGGCCGCCUCACGAUCACCAGCUUCGACGAUGGCGCGAUACCCCCUUAUGCGAUACUUUCACACACCUGGGGGGCAGAUGCGGAGGAGGUGACCUUUGCAGACCUUGCAAGAGGCGGCGGCAAGCACAAGCCCGGGUACAAGAAGAUUCGCUUGUGUGGAAAGCAAGCACAGCGAGAUAGACUGCAGUACUUCUAG